GCGGGGGCGGAAGGGGCCGCGCAGAGCCCCGGCCCCGCCGCCGUCUCCCUGGGCUUGAGCGUGGCCGUGGUCUCCAGCCUGGUGAACGGUUCCACCUUCGUGCUGCAGAAGAAAGGGAUCGUGAGGGCGAGAGGACGAGAUUCCAAGACCAGAAGGGACCAUGUGAUCAUCUAGUCUGACCUUCUGUAUAACACAGGCCAUAAAUGUCCCUAAAAUAAUUCCUACAGCAGAUCUUUUAGAAAACAUCCCAUCUAGAAUUAAAAAUUGUCAGUAAGGGAGAACCCACCAGGACCCUUGAUACAUUGUGCUAAUGGUUAAUUACUCUCACCAUUAAAAUUUAUGCCUUAUUUCCAGUCUUAAUUUGUCUAGUUUCAACUUCCAGCUAACUUUAUUUGUACCCCCUCUUUGUUCUGGUUCUCUCAUAAGGACACAUUGCCAAUUAUGCUGAAUUAUGUGGUUAUCUUGCUUUAUGGAGAAAUGCCCACCAAGUAUUAUAAAACCACCAAACGUUUUUCUUUAUUAUAUAACUGUAAGCCUUAAUGUGGAGUUGGAUUCCUAAGGUAAAAAUGUAGAGCAAUAGCUCACUGUGCUGCCCACUUAAAUGUUUCUGACAAAUCAACAUGAUUGUUACAAAUUCACAAUUUGUCAUUUUUUGUGUGUUCUGAAGUCAGUUUUCUAAAGCAUGAUACUAUUUUGCUAACAGAGUUUUUGUGCUUUGAAUUUAUCUGUGAGAAAUAGCAAAAUUUGUCUUUCUUUUCCCCCCUAAAUCCUUGCUUUGGAAUGAUUUCAAGAGGAAACUCAUAGACUCUGUGUUGCACUGUAAUCAGUUACAUGUUUCUUGCAGCAGUCAUUCUUUUUGUAUUUGUAUAUAUAUAUGUAGGGAGCUCUUGUGGAAUCUCUAUUCAAAUUACCAGAACAUGUUAGAUAUGACCUCCAGAAUUUUUUUAUAUUACUGGUCUAGGACCAGCUCACAUUUCAAGAUCAUGCUGUGUCUAAUGUGUUCAUGAUGGACUCUUUCAUGCAUAACAAACAACUUUCAACUGCAUUACUACCAGCUGACAGCAUGAUCCAACAAGUUUAUUUUGCAUUUUCCACAACUGCAGCAUUGUGUGACAUUUUAAGGCCCUGUACAUACUGCUGUUUUUACUCCUGAGGGCAUUCUGUGCCAAAAAAUCUGCAUACAAUAUUUUAAAAUUCUGCAAGUUUUAUUUGUCAAUAAAUAAAUGCAGAGGUGGGAGAUCACACUGCAGCCUCCUCAACUCCGGGACAUGGACUCAGUGGUGAGGCUGCACCCAACCCUGACACAGCACAAGGCCUGGAUAUGCCCCAGAAAUACCCUGGGGUCCUGCCCCUCUGCACCAGGCACAACAGGUGUGGGGCAGGAAGGCUCAACCAGGCAGGAUCCAAGUGUGGAGUGGCUCAGUGUGGGGUGAGAGGAUUCUGUGUGGGACAAUCUGGGUGCAGGCAGCUCAGUGGAGGGUCUAGGUGUGGGGGGAUCUGGAUGCACAGAGGCUUGUGGGGGGGCGGGGCGGUUUCCAGGGGCAGGGGCAAUGUGACUGCAGGGGCUUCCAGGUGAAGGUGGUUGGAGCUCAGCAAAGGGGCCUGCGUGUGGGGUCUCAGAAGGGGCAUCUGGAUGCUAGGGAAGUGGGACUUGGUGGGGUGGGGGUCUGGGUGCAGCUAAUUGGGGUCAGUGGUGUGAGGGUCUGGAUGUGGGGGGUGCAGGGGGGUGGGGCUUUUCAGGGUGGGGGUUUGAAUGCAGAGAGCUCAGUGGGGGUGGUCUAGGUGCAGAGUUGGGGAUCUGGAUGCAGGGGGCUCCAGAUGCAGGGGUUGAGAUUCAGGGGGGUGGGGUUCGUGUAUGGAAGGCUAGGGGGAAUGUGGGCAAAUGGGGUGAGACUUGGCAGGGGUGUCUGGGUAUGGGAGGUCCAGAUGCACGGGGGUUGGGCGGAUGGGGGAGCAGCUCCCUGUACGGUGACCCCUUCCCUGUAGCUGAGGAGCAAUGGGGGCAGGAAGCAGGGGAGGAUGCUGAGCUUCCUGCAGCUGGGGCAGGUUUCUGGGGUGGGUCUGACACAUCCCCAGCCACUCCUUGCUGGGGAGGAAGAAGUCGCACCCUCUCCUGCGUCUAGCCCAGCUGGGACUAGCAGCUGAUCCCGGCUCAGGGUAGGAGCCACUGGCUGGGGUAUCCCCAGCCCUGCGGUGAUUUACCCCUUCACUGGCUGCUCUGGGUGCCUGAAACAUUGUACUUGCGCUGCUAGGAAGUGGUGUCUGACUGCUCUGCAGCUUCCCUGUGCUUCUCUGUCAGAAAGUCAUUUUUCUGUGGGGAAGCAAAGAAAUCUGUGGGGGACAUGAAUUCUGCACAUGCGCAGUGGUGCAGAAUUCCCCCACGAGUAUGCUUUGUAAACACAUGUUUUUUUCCCCCUAAAGAAAGUUGUAAUUUUUGUUGCGUUCUUUGUGUUUUGUUUUGUUUUGUUUUUGUUUGUUUGUUUUCAUACACAAGUGAUAUUUAUACAACAAACACAUUUCGGGAGUAACUUAGUUACAACACUGUUGUCCCCAGCAUAAGUAAAUCAAAUUUCUGUUUUGCUGUGUAGCUGGGACCUAACCAUGGGAUCUAACCAUUUCAAGAAUUAUGCUAAAGUCUUGAACUGUCAAAUUCACAUAAUUUAAGUUUUUUCAGUGUUGGUAGUUGGAUGUCUAAUAUGUAAAAUAACGUUAAUGUCACAAAAUAUAUAGAAAAGUUACUUGUAUCUCCAUUAUGUUUUUUCUUGGCAAAAUCUGAGUGCCAAGCUACUGAGGACAGCAUUUCCUAAUUGCUAUAUACAAGAGGGAGCUACAAAAGCCUAGCAAAAUUAAGUCGUGAAAAUAUGAGAUGUGGAAUCCUAAAAGAUACUACUAGGCCAGUGUUUUCUCCAUUUUAAUAUAUUGGGCCAGUAUAGCUUGAAUGUGGAAGUCAGAACUAACACAGGGCAUGAUCCAAAGCUCAUUGGUGUCCUUCCACUGAUUUCAGUAGGCUUUGCAUUAGGUCCAUAAUUGACAGCCUGGUACUUAACUUGCCUCUUCAAGCUUUUGCUACACUAGUGAAUUGAAUCAGUGAGAUAGUAUCAGAUUGUGCUUGGAGAGGAAACAGCAGUAGGGGGACAAAUAUUUUGUGAAGUUAGUUUACUAGUGAUGAUAUUUUGUGUAAUUUGUACAACUAUUGAGACAUUUUUAUUUUAUUUGCAAUAACAGAAAUGUAAUCUGAUAAAUUAGACACCCACUCAAAAGCUGAUCAUACUGCUUACUGUCAUAAUUUUUUCUCCCAUUUCAAUUCUGAUGUGGUUUUAGCAACCAUUAUUCAAGGAGUUCCUAGAGUUAAAGGUUAUUGCUUUAUGCUAUUUGGGAUUCUGAACUUUCAGCUGAUGAGUACAACAUUGGUUCGAUUUCUAGCAAUUCAUAAGAGAGCAUCUGCUAAAGUAAGAGCAGAACUGAAGUAUGGGCAUACGAGCAGGAAAUAAUAACCAGAAUAAUGUGAUGUUAAUGUCUGACACCUUGCAGACUACCGCAGAUAAACACAAACGUUACUCUCCUUGAGAGUUUUCCUGGUGUCUAGCCUUGAUGGUCUGCAUGAUAUUAGACCUUACAUUAUUCAGGAGUAUUUUCGACAGGCAUUCAUUUAUUUUAACAUUGUUUUCUAUUUUUUGCUCUGGUCCAGGACUUACUGUAACUCAUAAUGGACCUUGGACUUUUAUAACUUUUUUAUAUUGAUUUUCUUUAGGAUUCUCCAAUAGGAAAAUAAAACUCAUGAUUUGUAAAGUGUGUCCUGAAAAAUCAUGCCUUUCUUUUAGUCAAGUUUUAAGAAUAUCACAACUCCCUAGUAAAUUCCACAUUAAAAGUCUGAGGUAAAAUAGGAGACGAAAAAUUCAUAACAAUUGUCUGAUGAAAAUCCAUAACAAUUUCUGAUAAUAUAAUGAAAAUAUACAGUCUCAAAAUUGGUAGGCAGGUAAAGAACAGUCUGGAGUUUUCACCCAUGUCUUUGAAAUGUAACAUGUUCACAUCCCAGAGAAGGCCUAGAUCACGUAGCCACAGGAGACUAAGGGCUUGCCAAAAGUCCACACCCAAACAUCUCUGAUUUCUCUGUAAGUGUCUUAAAAUUGUCCCAGUCCAAGUGGCUUGUAGAAAUUAUUUUUUGUCUCUUAGGCCAGAUUUUCUGAAAGAUCACACUAUCUCCUGGUAAUGAGUCUAACAUAUAUGGUGAAUAGAAUCUUCAGAAACAUUUGUGGAUAUUUCAAGGCUUCCUUUUAUAUAGGAUGAGGAUAUUUUGUAAGCAUUUGAAAUUGAAUUUCUAAUGAUCAGAUGCAUUGAGAAAGUGUACCAGGAUUAGUUAGGCUAGAUUGGAGCUACCAUCAUAGUUUUUUUUCUAAUGUCCUUACAACUGUGUGCGAGUGUGUGUGAAAAUGAUUUCUUAGCUUAGCUUUAAUGUUGCUCUUUUAUAUUUUUUCCAGUAGAACUCAUCCACUCUUUUCCCAUGUUGCCUUUUCCAGGUACUUCAUAUUUAACAGAUAUAGUAUGGUGGUCUGGUACUAUUGCAAUGGCACUUGGUCAAAUUGGGAAUUUCUUGGCCUACACUGCAGUUCCAACUGUGUUAGUGACUCCUCUAGGAGCUCUUGGCGUUCCAUUUGGGUCCAUUUUAGCUUCUUACUUACUAAAAGAAAAACUCAACAUUCUCGGCAAGUUGGGAUGUCUGCUGAGCUGUGCUGGGUCUGUUGUUCUCAUAAUUCAUUCCCCAAAAUCUGAGAGUGUAACGACUCAGGCUGAGCUUGAAGAGAAGCUUACAAAUCCAGUGUUUGUGGGCUACCUCUGCACAGUACUUCUCAUGCUUCUCCUGCUUAUCUUCUGGAUAGCGCCAGCUCAUGGACCUACUAAUAUCAUGGUUUACAUCAGUAUUUGCUCACUGUUGGGCAGUUUCACUGUGCCCAGCACAAAAGGCAUUGGGCUGGCUGCUCAAGAUAUCUUUUACAAUAAUCCAUCAAGUCAAAGAGCCUUGUAUCUCUGUUUGGUUCUUCUGGCAGUGUUAGGAUGUAGCAUCAUCAUUCAGUUCAAGUAUAUCAAUAAGGCACUGGAAUGUUUUGACUCAUCUGUGUUUGGUGCCAUCUACUACGUCGUGUUCACCACUUUAGUCCUGCUGGCCUCAGCCAUCCUUUUUAGGGAGUGGAGUAACGUGGGAGUGGUAGAUUUCUUGGGGAUGGCUUGUGGAUUCACCACUGUAUCCAUUGGAAUUGUUCUUAUACAAGUCUUCAAGGAGUUCAACUUCAAUAUUGGGGAUUUGAAUAAACCUAAUAUGAAGACAGAUUAAAAUCAUAUUUGAGGGGAACUGGAAUGGCUCAGGGAAUGAUACAGAGCCUUCCAUUUCUAGGUAACUGAUUUCAGUAUGAUUGAGAUUGGCAGUUGUUACCCUCUGAGAGAGUGGUAGCUUGUGUGAAAUGAAUUGGUGGCCUCCAUCCAAUUUUAAUGGACAGUUGUCCACAUACCCAAAAUCACCAUAAUAAGUUGACAUUAACUGGUAUCAUUGCUGACUGUCUCAGCAGAAAGGCUAAGGAAUGAAUCAGCAUAGAGACUGAUGUAUCUCCUUUCCCCUAAAAGGUGGUCUAUCCAGAAAAGGUUUGAUGACAUUCUGGCAGGCCAGUAUAGGAAAUCUUUACAUUAGACUGCCUGUGAUGUACUCGUUCUGUGGAUAGAGAACAUCAGUUUCUAAUGCACUCAGUCCAGCACCUUUCAUGAAUGGUGUAUGCCCUUUAAAAAAAAAAAUUGUAAGCAAAUGGAACAAUUCUGUUAAUUUCCUUAAAACAGCAAUGUGUUCACAGUCCAGGCUGUGAAUUGUGAAAAAAAUGUUGAUUUGAAUUGUGGACUACAGGUUUGUCCUUUGUACAGUAACUGCCUCCGCAAUUUGGACUGACACAGGUGAAUGGGGGAGGCGGGGAGUUCUAAAUUAAGUCAUUGAUAUAGAGUAGUGCAUCUAACCCUUAAAAGCUUGCACUACUUACUUACCAACUGAAACUAGCUCACAGAUCCAGCUGAAACUAGCAUCCAGAUUACAGGUAUACAUUUUAUUCAUAACUCUUUUAAGUGCAUUAAGACAUACAGCAUUCAUCCAAGAGCUUUUAAUGGUUCAUGGACAGGAAGAGGGUGAAGGAGGUGAUGCACAGUCUUCCUGUAUACGUGGUGGGUUAUCCAGUGCCUUUGUAAUCUAAAAAUACCACUUAAUUUGAAUGUGUUUGUUUCUGCGACCUUGUAACAGGUUAGAAUAAUCCAGUUUUGUUGUCUGUAAUAUUUGGCUGUAUUCAAAUUAUAAGCAUGUAAAGCAGACAGAAAGGUCAGAAUAUUUUUGGAAAGGUUUCCAAGCCUGAAGUCAAUACUGAGAUGCUUUGGUGGCUUCUGCGAACAUCUAUAAUCAUAAUGAGAAGUAACUGAUAAGAGGUCUACUUACAGCAAUCCAGUAUAUGUAGAAUCCAGUUAUACAACAGAAUAUAGGAAACUAUUUAAUAAAGUAGCUAAUUGACAAAAUUGUUCUUCAGAACAGGAUAAUGAGUAAAUGGAUUUAUGUGUCAUUAGAUUGCUGAUUAUGAAAUCAGGCUGUGAACUGGCACUGUUAUGAGCAAAAUUUUUGUGAGAAGUACAGGUGUGAGAUUUCUUCAUUAACUCAGAAGGAUGGGUCAGAUUAUGGCCUUUAGAAAGGUGGAGUUGAGUAACCCAGUACACAUGCAUUCAGAUCCAGUAUUUCACAGCUGCGUUGUAGUUCCGCAGCAGUAUUUUAAAGGCUUGUGCAAGUGGCCCAAGCCAUGGUACAAUUGGUUUGGAUGACUGGAUUACAGUGUAUGAAUGUGUCAAAGAAUAGGAGAAAUUACUGAUAUUCACAGAAGAAUGUAUUGAUCUUGUCCUUGGAGUGAAAAUAAUUUUCAUAGUAUAAUGUAAUUGGAAGAGUGUACCAAAGGCUUGAAAAUAAGUGA